AGAUCCCGUCACCGCCUACGGCGAACAAGCCAAAUGGCUAAGAGCGGCCGGCUCGGCAAGCUCAAGUGCAUGCUCAAGCGGUGGCACUCUCUCGGCCGCCUCGCCCCCGCCGCUGGCGAUGGCGCCGCCGCCCCCUCCGCCGCCGUGGAGGGCGGCUCGCGGCGGACGUCCUCCGUCCCCGGCGACUGCGAGCCGCAGGGCUUUCACGCCGUCUACGUCGGCAACUCUCGGCGGCGGUACCUCAUCAGCUCCGACGUCGCCGGCCACCCUCUCUUCCAGGUGCUCGUACAGCGCUCCGGCGGCUCCGACGACGGCGGCGCCGUCACUUUCAUUGGGUGCGAGGUGGUGCUCUUCGAGCACCUUCUCUGGAUGAUCGAGAACGCUGACCCCCAGCCAGAUUCUCUCGCCGAGCUCGUCGAGUUCUACGCAUGCUAGAUGCCCGGCAUUGCGCACCGGCGGAGCACCGGACUUCCUUAGAAAUUAUAAUAUUAUCUAUUUUUUUGUGCAUUUGCUGGAGAGGCAGUGCUGUAGGAUAUGUUUUAGGCGUGCGAAGAAAUGGUAAGUUAUGGAGUGACCCACUGAUUUAAAAAAUAUAAAAAUUGAGGGGUUUUUUCCUUUUGUUGGAGUUAUUGUGUAAUUUGUUAUGGUUG